AUGGGAAUGCUGGCCCAGGCGUAUCCAGACGAUGCCGAACGCGGGAGCGCUAUGGGAAUCGCUUUGGGAGGCUUGGCGUUAGGUGUGCUUGUGGGCCCACCCUACGGCGGAGUACUCUAUGAAUGGGCUGGAAAACCACUGCCUUUCAUUCUGUUGGCCUUAUUGACGUUAUUCGACGGAAGUCUCCAAUUCAUGGUCCUCCAACCCAAAAUCGAUCGUGGCGAGCCGGAGGGUAGCUCGAUGAAGCAGUUGGCCAAGGAUCCUUAUAUUAUCGUGGCUGCUGUA